CAAUCACUGAAUCUGGAGCUCUGUUGUACAAUUAUUCGGUCUGUAUCCCAGCAUGGGCCCGGAAGUUGUUUGGGAUUCCCAGGUAAAAAAAAAAAAAAAAAAAAAAAAAAAAAAAAAAUCCCGGAGAUGCUGUCGUCGCCUGGGAAAACAAACAGCUAUCCAGACAAUUAAAAAAGAAAACACCAGUCGGUCGCCAGAUAGGGAAGAGGCUCGUGGACUUCUCCGCAACGCUUGGUAAGACCAUCCAUUUCUUUACAUUUGAAAGUACAGCAUGUUUUUGAGUAGUUGGUCGGGUGAAUGCCAUUUGUCGUGUGGUCGGGUGCCAUAGCAACGGGCUCAUGAGAAACAUUGUACAGCUCAGGCCCUUUGACGUGCUCGAUGCUGGGUGACAGCAGCGUUCAUGCGGAUAAUGUGGACAGUGGCAACUCCUGCAACAAAUUGCCGUUAUGUCUAGCCGCCGUCUAGGACCGUCUGCGUUGCAUGUUUGGGUCUAUAUGAAAGCUCAUUUCCCCGAGCAGCGAGAAGCCACUUACAAAUAGCGAGACAAUCUGGAGAGUUUAUGAAAUAUAACGAUGUGUGUUUUACUGCACGUUGGCCGUAUCGGGAAGAAAAUGUCUGGUGUGCGUUUUUUAAUCGCCGUGCCCUUGUUUGACUGGCGCGUCUCCCGUCUGUAGCAGCGCCUGUUGCGCCCAUGUGCAGCUAAUGCCAGGAUAUUAAUUUUCCCUGCGAGGUGUCGUCUCCGCCCCCCUCCCUCUACCCCCUCCACCCCCCCUCUCUCUCCAGUCUCCGCUGUCCAUUGUUGUCAUCCAUUUGAGAGCUAAAGGUCCAGCGAUGUACAGCUGAAUAUUUCUCUCAUCUGUCUUUUUUUCUCUAAUCUUGAAAUCAAAAAAGAGCCCUAUGUGCAUGAACUCUGGUGACAUAAAAUCAACAUUAUGCUGUAUCUUCAAAUGCUGUAAGGCAGCACCUGUGUCAUUUUAUGUGGAGGUAACCUCAGGUAACCUAUGGCGAAUUUUUAAACAAUAAUUCAUUAUUUCUCUAUUAGCUUUAUGUAUUUAAGAGAGGGGGCUGGACAAAAUAAGAAAACAUAAUAAUACAAUAUUAUAAACUAUAAUCUAAUAAAAUAUAUCAGGUAAAUAUGAUCAUUCAAAAUAAUACAACCAACAAAAGACAAGUGACAAGAUAUAUAGGCUACUCAUUACCCUAUAGCCUACCAUAUGCCUACAUUUAAUCUUUCAAAAAAAAAUCUACUUUCUCUUCUAAUGCUUUCUUUGCAGCUAAAAUAAUACAGGGAUUUAGCAAGUUUGACUUUAAGGUGAGGAACUUUCCGAUGUGUAAUUUUGGCUCCCCCUGUAGACAAGUGGUAUAGGCUAUGAGCUUUAAGCUGAACUCAAAAAAGAAGAAAAAAAAAACAUCUUGGUAAUAAACUUUGUUGAGGUUAUCUCAGUUUUUCCGCUGUAGAGCGUUUGUGGGGGUAUUGCACUAGAUUUCCUUUCAGAAAGAAGAUUUCCAGUAAUUCUGUUCACUCUGGUAGUUUUAGCUCCUCCUUUAACUUUCCAUAUGUGUGAAGAAGAGCAGAAGAAACUAAGUAAUAAAAAAAAAGCAGAGCAGAAGUUUACUAGAUGAAUGAUUCUGAACUCACUGGAAGUCAGUCGGCGCUGAAGCAUAAAGGUGUUAGUCUAGCCUGAGUCUUGUACCAACAAACACAUGGCAUCUGGUGACAGAAUGAAUGCUGACGACUGCAAUGGAUGCCCAUUUGCACAAGGUAAUGAAGGAGAGUCGUCAACAGAACAGGACUUUUAUGGCGGAUUGCAGGGCCCUUCAGCGAGAUCACCAAACAGUCAGCAGUCCUCACCACACCGCUCUCUCAGUGCAAACUCCAUCAAGGUUGAGCUGUGUGGCGAUGAUGAGUCACCAGGUGCUCCUCAGGCAGAAAACAGAGAGGCUGUGGGGGACGAGAGCGGGAGGGAUGACAGUGGGGACCCCAUGGAAGAAGGGGGCACAGAGUACGCUGCGGCUGAAGGGGACGGAGCGAGCGUCUACAAUGAGAUUGUCAGUCCUGACCCUGCAGGACAGUGUUGUGUAAAAUCCGGGUGGAUCCCACCUGGACCCAUCCGGCUGCCCAACGGGAAGCUCCAGUGUGAGGUGUGCGGAAUGAUCUGCAUUGGUCCCAAUGUUCUCAUGGUGCACAAGCGAAGCCACACAGGUGAGAGGCCGUUCCAGUGUAACCAGUGCGGAGCCUCCUUCACUCAAAAGGGGAAUUUACUGCGCCACAUCAAGCUGCAUUCAGGAGAGAAGCCUUUCAAAUGUCCAGUUUGCAACUACGCUUGUCGCCGGAGGGAUGCCCUGGCUGGACAUCUCCGCACACAUGCAGUGUCUUCUCCUACAGUGGGAAAACCUUUCAAGUGCACCUUCUGCAGUCGUAGCUACAAACAACAGAGCACACUGGAGGAGCAUCUGGAGCGCUGCCACAGUUAUCUAAACAGUCUGGACCACAAGGCAGCGAACAACACACUGAUAGCACAUGGUGAAGAGUCAGUGAAAAUGGAAGCUAAACCUGUCCUCAAGCCUUCCAAUGACAAAAUCCAGUUUGUGGACCGACUGGCUGUUAGCAUCACCAAACGCAAGAGGUCAACACCACAGAAGUUUUUGGGUGAAAAGCAAAUGCACCUUGACCUACCUGAAGCACCUUAUGAGUUGUCGUCUGGCUCUGAGAAGGAAGGCGACCUCAUGAGCUCUCAGUCUGCUGGAGACCCCUCAGAGCUGGCUGGCUCACAUCUCCAAGGCAGCAGAGUUAAAGGGGAGACCAGUGACCCGCCUGCACUGUCACACCUCCAUCCCGCUUUCCUGUCUGAGUAUCGCACAGUCACGGGCUCCAUCAACAGCAACGUGGCUCUUCAUGGCUCCCGAGCCCAUGGUGGAGGUGGGCCAGCAGCAGUGAUGCCUUUUGAGGUUGCUGGUGAAGGGCGCGGCAAUCAACCCUCAGCCCACAGCCAUACCACCUCUCCCAACGGCUGCCCUGACUCUACAGACACAGAGAGCACAGCAGAAGAGCAGAGCACAAGGGCAACUGCCCCGACAAGUACCUCCAACAACCACCACCUCCACUACCAAACCCCAGCACUGCCCCGCAGCCAUCCCAACUCAAGCCCCAGCAAGGCCAAAGACUUGGAUACUGAUUGGGAGAGAGCGCGUCCUGUGCCCACCGCCAUGGGAAAGAGGGGCUCUGGGUCCCACCUCUCUUCCAGGGAGACUGUGCAGGUGUUAGACAGGGAUGGCCGGCCUGUGCGCUCCUUCCACUGCCAUUACUGUCGCAUCCUCUUCCUGGACCACGUCAUGUUCACCAUCCACAUGGGCUGCCACGGCUUUCGCCAACCGUUUGAGUGCAACAUCUGCGGCCACCGCAGCCAGGACCGCUACGAGUUCUCAUCACACAUCAGCCGUGGGGAGCAUCAGGUGGGCUGAGGAGAAGGGUCUGAGAUCAGGGCUGGUGGAGGUGGGGAGGGGUGACUGCUGCUCCGGUUCAUGUUUGUUCUGCACCAGAUCAGUAGCUUUGAAUCCACAAUGUAAGUACAAGUGGUUUAUUUUAAGAAUAUGUAUUCAACUAAAGCAGAUGACCUUUUCACUGCAACAUUUCAAAUUAAGAUGAGACAAAUUACAUUCUAUGAUCGAUUGCACUCCCUUAUCUAAUCAUCCAGCAAAACGACUUGUUUUGCUUCGAAAGUGCCUUCUUUGGGGAUUUCCUCUUAACUUUAAAAAAAAAAAACUGGAGGGAGACUGGUGCUUCAAAAUCUUAACUAGCCAUCUUUUGCUAAGUGAUAUAGUUAUCACUUGUGAGAAGUCAUAUGGCACAGGCAGUUGAGAAAAGCAUCGGCUGCACAUGUGAAGAAUGAUAUGGUAUGCACUGAGAGCUUUGUUUUUGUUUUUUGCGAUUGAAGAGGGUAUUUUGUGUGGUGUGUCAGUCAGGUAAGAUUAAUAUGCACUGAGAGAUUUGUGCCUCUGGGUUCAGGAGGAGCUUUUGUCACAGACGAGCACAGAAAUGGAUUGCCUUAACUCCUACAGUAGCACACUGUUGUAGGAAAACAUUGUUUACAGCCUGGUGGAGCCGUGUGUGAAGAUAAAAUAUUUGCAGCUGCACAGUGAGAGAGGACUUGACAACAUUUGGAAGGGAAGACACUUGAAAAUAUUCACCUGAAUUGGUUAAGGUUGAAAGUUUUGGAUUUUUAAAGCGAGCCUUAGAGAACUGGUGCAGAACAGACCAUGAGCUAUGUAGUGUACAGAAAGAGCUCAUCUUAUUUGCCCUGGGUGCUUUACCUAUUCGGGAUUUCACUUUUUAGGUUACCUGCUUUUACAUGAACACCUUCGCAUAAGCACUUAAUGGCUUUACUUUUCUUUUUCUGUAAUUGUUCUACUGCACUGAUAAAUCGCACAAAAACUCACAGUAGUUGAUCUUUUGAUUUGCAACACCAGUGUAAUGUUAACGGAGCCGGCCUUCUGUUAAACACAACAUUGCACUGGUCCUGCAGUCUUCACUCAAAAGUGCUUCAGUGUUUGACUAAAAUAUAUUUUUCUGUGUAUUUAUUUGUGAUUUUGCACUCAGCAGACAAAGCUGAGAUUAAAAAA